CAACAUGAUGCACAUGAGACAAAGUUCCGCGUCGCUAGCUUUUUGUGAAAUUUAAAUAUAUGCCUGGUUUUCACGAAGUGUGUUACAUUGAUUCGUGAUAUUCAAAACAAAGUAGCUUGAAUUGAAUGAUAAAUGGAUAUGAACAGGAGAUGCCUUGGUAUAUUAAUUCUCCUUUCUACAGUUUCAGGGAUUGCAUAUGGUAUGAUAAGAGAAGUACAAGAAAAUCAUGAAGUCAUUCUUCAAUGCGAUUUUGACGUAGAAUACCCAACAUGGACAGGCCCGGAUGGAUUAGCUAGCCCACUUACAACCGGACAGACAAUACAAGAACCAGGAAUUGAAUGGUUUAAUAAGAAGGAUCUGAAAAUUACUGAAGUAAUGUUAAAACACGAUGGGAAUUACACGUGUUCUGACGGCAAUGGCAACAGUAAAAUGGUGGAACUAGAUGUUCAAUACUUUUCAGGCAUGGCGGAGUAUACAACUGCUACACCUGAAAACGCAAUGACUACUUUAACCUGUUGGUGCCACAGUAACCCAGAAUGUACAAUGCUUCCGACAGUGGGCAGUUCACUUGGUCUAAAGACAGUGACGACAUUUUAUCCAUGUGCCCCUGACCCGAUGACUGAAAACAGAACAAAAUGUAACGUUACCUCACAAAUACCCGUUGCCAAGGAAGACAACGGGGUCAAGGAAAAUAAAUGCAUAUUCAAAUAUAAGGGCUCAACAAAACUCACGCUGUCGCCGGACGUGAAGUUUCUUUUUCCUCCAACAAAUGUCAAUAUCAAUGCUGAGAAAAGAGAAUCCCUGUUAAAACUUACCUGCUCGACCGAUUCGUCAAACCCAGUCUCUUUACUGAAAUGGUAUAGAGGAACAAAUGGGACAGCCACGUCAAACGAGGAGAUAUCUAGUAGUUAUCACAGUUAUGCCAUGGACGCAAAGUACAAUGGUCAAAACAUUACACAGUCCAUCAAUAUAAGAAGAGACAAUAUAAAAAAUGGAGAGAAUGUCUUCUGCUGCGCCAAACAUAGGGAUCAACAAAUCUGUGAAUCUUUGGACAUUUACAAGACGACUUGUGAGUAUAAAUAAGUUUUUCGAUUUUGG